AUGUUUGAAAAAGAGGAAAGUUGGUUCACUUUGGACAAUCGAAGGCUGUACUGUUUGCAGAGGGUGGCAGUGAAUUUGCUCCCAGAGCGAUGUACGGUGGACACCGUUGCAGAGAUCCGCAAGGAGCGACGGUUGCGGGAGAUCCGAAAGUUCCGGACUUUGGAUGGCGGCCGAAGCAUCAAUGUAGGAAGUGUGGUUGAUGGUGUGCCCUUUCAAACUUGGUCGUGGAUGGAAGAAGCACAAAACCCUCGGAAAUCCGAUGAAGUCCAAAGUGGAGCGAAGGCAAAUCCGGGGGAUGGGGAGGUUCGAGAGAAAGGCAAAGGAGGAGUCGGAGCUAGAGCCAAAGGAGAGAAAGGAGAGAAAGGCAGACUCAAAGGAGAGAAAGGCAAAGCCAGAGGCAAAGGCAAAGACAGAGAAUAUGGCGGAUAUGGCGGUUACGCGUGGAUUGACGGAAAGAAGGGCAAAGGGAAAGGAGAGUUGCCAAGCUACAAGGGCAAAGGCUGGCAGGUCUGGUGGCAGGAGCCCUGGGCAUACAUGGACUACUGGGGCUCUGCGCAUAAUUUCCCCGAUUAUGAAAGUAAAGGAAAGCCUCGCCGCAAGGGCAGUUCUGACAUGUGGUGGUAG